AUGUUAUCAAGAACUUUAUUCAGAUUACCAGUUGCUUCAAGAAGUUUCAUCACCGUUGCUAAGCCAACUUUUGCUCUAAGACAACAAAACUGGAGCAAGUUUUCAAAUGUACAACAGUUGAGAAAAUAUUCUUCUGAACAUGAUGAAGAAACUUUCGAAGAAUUCACAGUCAGAUUCGAAAAGGAGUUCGAUGAAGCUUAUGACUUGUUCGAAGUUCAAAGAGUUUUAAACAACUGUUUCUCUUAUGAUUUGGUCCCUGCCCCUGCUGUCAUCGAAAAGGCUGUUAGAGCUGCAAGAAGAGUCAACGACUUGCCAACUGCUAUCAGAGUAUUCGAAGCUUUGAAAUACAAGGUAGAAAAUGAAGACCAAUACAAAGCUUACUUGGAUGAAUUGAAAGACGUUAGAGAAGAAUUAGGUGUUCCUUUGAAGGAAGUUUUGUUCAAGGAAAACUAA